AUGAGCGAAUCGCCCGUAAAGCGCUCCGCGGAGGACGUCCCGAUGGGCGUGCGCACGCCCGAAGACGCCUCACCGGAGGCGUCUAUCUCGACGCCGGCGUACAGGGAGCGAUCGAGCGGGAAGAAGCGCGGAAGGGCGGCAGAGGAGGACGGCGUCAUCGACGACGCGCGAGAGUCGAGCGGACAGCGCGCGACGCGAUCGCGAGGCGAGGCGUUGGAGCAGCGAAUACUCGGGUUACGAGCUCGGGUGAAGAUGUUAUGUGGACGGUUGGCUACGGCAAAGGCGAACGCGCGACGGGCGAGGGAGCAUAUGGACGAUGGAGGCGAUGAAGAUCGCGUGCGCGAGCUCCUCAAUGAGCUCGAGGAAGUUGAAUGUGAUCUGCGCGCGCUCGACGGAAACGAACCCACGGUGGCGUUACUUUUGGCUUACACGUCAUUUGUGCGACGAAAAAUACGCACGGUAGUGACGAUGAACGACAUAGAUGAGGAUACUCUGCAGCUCAUUUUGCGCAAGAUGCAGAUCGAGUCUCCCAAAGAGCUUCUGAGUCUCGCGAUAGUGAACCAACGGUUUCGAAAGGCACUGCGAAGCUCGACUGUUUGGCACACACUCGAUUUGAGUUGUCAUGGCUCGACGAUGACGAACAAAAUCUUGUACGCUAUAGUGAAGGAUGACAAUGCGUUUGCAGCGAUCGAGACGUUGAACCUGAGUGGGUGCUCGCAGCUCACGGACAUAUCGGUGUUGAAGGUGCUGGGAAAGUGUCACGACACCAUUCGAUCGAUCGAUCUUAGUGGGUGCGAGCUCCUCACCUCGGAGACCGUGCGGUUCAUCGGGAGCAAGUGUAAGAUGGUGCAGACGCUCAACCUCACCGACUGCAAGUCCAUGUCCUCCGUGGCGGUGUUUGAUUUCUUGCUCAGGAACCCGAACUCUGAACUUCGCGAUCUUAAAUUGAUGGGUACCAAGCAUCUCAGCGGUCGUGUCGACGAGCUUGAUUUCGACGACCUUACGAACACCGUGGAGGGAUACUUGGAGUGGUUGAGAUCGUUCAACGGCGCACGGCUUGACAGUGCUGCCAGCGACGUCGACGAGGUUAUUGACCUCCUGUGUUCGUGCGAGAAACAUCUCGACAGGUGGCGAGGAGGGAACGCAGUAGCGAUAUGCGAUCAUGCGAAUGACAUACAGGGACGACCCGUUCGAAAGGACGAUCCCGUGUGCACCAUCUUCCCGGAUUGCGGUCACGUCAUGUGCAUCGACUGCUCAGCAAGUGAGCGGCGAAACAUGAUGCACGAGCACGGACGCUACAUGUAUCCGUGUUCGAGCUGUAUUCAUCGUCAGCCCAUGCGAUUCAUGCCUACACCUGGUGGAUUCGAGAUUGUCGUUCGUUCGCCUGAGGAUUUCGAGAGACUCUUGCGCGAGCGACAAGGCCAGCCAAGCGUACAGGAGCGGAUCGAGUCUUGA